AUGGAUAUGGAGAAGGCUUUUGAUAGAAUGGAAUGGGGGUUCCUCCUUGCUAUUAUGGAAAAGCUGGGUUUCAAUCCCAUCUGGAUCCACUGGAUUAGGAUUUGCAUUACCUCUUCCUCUUUCUCCAUUUUAUUAAAUGGUAGCCCUUUUGGUUUUUUCUCCCCUGAGAGAGGGUUGAGACAAGGUGAUCCUCUAUCUCCUUUUCUCUUUAUUCUGGGUUCAGAAGUUUUUUCUAGACUCAUGUUUAGAGAGGAAAGUUUAGGCUCCAUCAAAGGCCUCCAGAUUUCAAGAAACUGUUCUGCUAUCCAUCAUCUUUUGUUUGCUGAUGAUCUCCUCAUUUUUGGUAAAGCCACUAUUUCUGAAGCUUCAUGUAUCAAGUCUUGUCUGGAUAAGUAUUGUUACUGGUCUGGUCAGUCCAUAAAUCCAGCUAAAUCUUCCAUUAGGUUUAGCAAAAACACCUUCCCUGCUACCUCAUCAGCCAUCUCAAACAUUAUACCUUAUCCUUCUAAUCCUUCAAACUCCCUUUACCUUGGUCUCCCUAUUCUGAUGGGCAACUCUAAGAAAAGAGCUUUUCAAGGCAUUAUUGACAAGGUUCAUAGCAGAAUUGAUGGCUGGAGAGCUAAGACAUUGUCUCAAGCUGGUCGUUUAGUUCUCAUCAAAUCUGUGGCUGCUGCUCUUCCUUCUUAUGCAAUGAGCUCCUUUUUACUGCCCAUCAGCACCAGCACUGAUCUCGACAGGAUCUUCAAAAAAUUUUGGUGGGGUUUCCCUCCCAAGAAGGCUAGAAAUCUAUCUCUUAAGGCUUGGGACUCCAUUUGUUUUCCAAAGGAGUUGGGAGGUUUGGGAAUCAGAAAAAUGAGAGAAGUGAAUUUAGCCCUUAUCUCCAAAUUGGGGUGGAAACUUCUUUCAAAUGCAGACUCCAUGUGGGUAGCUCAACUUCGAGGUAAGUAUCUCCACUCUAGUACUUUUCUCUCCCCCUCUCCCCAUUCUUCCUCUUCCUGGCUAUGGCAAGGUAUCAUUAAGUCUCUCCCCUUCAUCUCUCAAGGUGCCUGUCACAGAAUCCAUAGCUCUUCCUCUCUCCCGAUUUGGAGCUCCUCUUGGAUUCCUACUCUUCCUUCUUUCACUCCAUCUCCUUCCUCUUUUUUGGUUAGCCCUUUUCCCAAUCUUAUUGUUUCUGAUCUUUUUCUUCAAAACCUUAACUCCCCUCAUCUCUCAUGGAAUUUUCCUCUGGUUUACCACCUUUUUGACUCAUCCAGUGUUAUGGAGAUUGCUAAAAUCUCUAUCUACCCUGCCACGACAGAGAAGUUCAUCUGGACUCCUUCCUCUAAUGGUCUUUUCUCCACCAAGUCUGCCUAUAAACUCAUCAGUAGCUCUAGGUCUUUACCCAAUUCCCCCCUAGCUCCCAAGCAAUGGAAACUUCUCUGGAAUCUAAAGCUUAAUGAUAGACUGAAACUUUUCCUUUGGAAAAUUGCUUGGGAUAUUAUCCCCUCCAAGACUAGGUUAAAUGCAGUGUUUCCCAUCCCUCCAGCCGAUUUAUUUUGUCCCCUAUGCAAUGUAGAAGAGGAUUCUCUUUCUCACCUCUUCUUCAGAUGCUUCUUUGCUAGAGUUUCUUGGAGAUAUUCUCACUGGCCAUUGGAUUCUAUGAAGUGGUCCUCCCUUAGCCUCUCCGACUGGAUCAAAGGUAUUUUAUCUCCACAUCAAUCUUUUGGUAUCCCUCUAGCAGAUUCUCACUUAUUCCAAAUUUAUGCUGUGGUGCUUUGUGAUAUGUUAUGGUUCUCUAGAAAUCAAGUUGUUCAUAAAGGUGUAUUCCCUGAUGUCUCUAUUCUUGCUGGAGACAUCAAACGUAUAUCUUUAGAACAUUUUGCAGCUUGGAACUCUAUCUCUACUCCAGUAAGAGAACUCUGGUCUCCUCCUCCAGCAGGCAGUUUUAAAGUAAACUUUGAUACAACCAUAAGAGAUCUCUUCUCUGUCCAAGCAGCUGUUUGCAGAAACUCUCAAGGCAUCAUUGUCAAAGCUCUCUCUCAAGUAAGGCCUCCCUGUGAUCCCACAUUUGGUGAAGCUCAAGCAGCCCUUCUGGCAGCUUCUUUGAUAGUCUCUUUACAUUUAAAAAAUUUUAUUUUAGAAGGUGAUUCUUCUAUUGUAAUUUCUUCUUUACAACAUCUUACUAUAGUCUUAGAUUGGAAGAUUGAGCAUGUAAUUUCUGAUACUAUUUCACUUCUCCCAAUUUCCUCUAUUUGGGAGGCUAGGAAAGUUCACAGAAGUGCAAACUUCUGCGCCCUUCAUGUGGCAUAUAGGGCCGCGGCAAGAGUCAUCUCGAACUACAUUCCCUCCUUAUUUUCUCCUCCUAUUUCUAUCCCUAUUUGUAGUGGCAAGGAUCCACCUUUUGCUUUUUCCUCUUUUUGA